UCCAAAAUAAGUACGUAGCUCUUCUAUUAAGUAAUUACUAGAGAAUUAGAAGCGCAAUCGGUUCUCUCGUUUAAUCUUCACGUUAAUUAAAGCGUGGGUGAUUUUUGUAUGUUGCUGUUUUAGCUACGCUCUUGAAAUUAAAAUCUACACAAUAUGUUGUUGUUAAUAAUCCAAGUGGUGUUCGUAGUAACUGUUGGAAGAUAUUCGGUCUUCCUACAGAGGUAAUCGAUGAACCAACAAAUAAAACAAAUAUUAUUAAAGGAUUUGCAAGUUGCAGAAAAUGUUAUGCAACGUUAGUUUACGAUUCAAAGUCAAUUGGAAAUAAAAAUUUGAACGAUCAUAAUUGUGUGAAAAGUUUAGGUGGAAAUUCAAGAAUCCAUGAUCAUUUAAUAUCAUCGAUAAAACCUAUUCCAUUGUUUAAAAAACAGCAUUUAUCGGAAACAAUUGCUGAAUGGUCAUCGAUGAACUCUCGCCCAUUUCGACUGGUGGAAGGUGAUGGUUUCAAGAAAGUUGUGCAAGAAUUACUGUCAAUUGGUCAUAUAUAUGGCCCUCACAAAUCCGAUGAUGUAUUACCAUGUGCAAAUACAGUUAAAAAUAAAAUUGAAGAAUUAGCUCAAAAUAAUCGUACUGAAUUAUCUAAAAAGCUGAUUUAUUCGGCUGAAAAUCAAAAACUUUCGUUGAGUCCUGAUUUAUGGACCGACUCAUAUGUGAAACAAACUUAUUUGGGUAUGACGGCUCAUUUCGUGCAUGAAUUUGAAUCUCAUUCGGUUGAUCUUGGUUGCCGUGAAUUUUUAUAUGAGAAAAAAACAGCUGAGAAUGUAUCAUUGUCGAUUGAUAAUUUACUUCAUGAAUUUAACUUAAAACUAUAUCGUGAUGAAAUACCAUUUGUUAUAGAUCGGGGCAGUAAUCUUAAAGCAGCGCUACAUGACAAUCAAAUAACACAUUGCUAUGGGCAUAGAUUAAAUAAUAUAUUGAAAG